UGGGACGUGGUGCUCGGAGAUGGCGGACUCGCUGGUGUUGCGGGCGCUCCGAGGAAAUGCGAGGCAGCUGGACCUGAGCGGCAAAAAACUGAAGCGGGUCCCAAAGGCGGUUGGAAGGUUGUUGGAACUGAACCGGCUCCAGCUAAAAAACAACCAGCUCAGCAACCUCCCCGCGGAACUACAGGCGCUCGGCAAUUUGACAGAGCUCAACUUGGGGAAUAAUUCCUUCGAAGAGCUUCCAGAAGUUCUGAAGCAUCUAAGACAAUUAAAGAAGCUCCACUUGUUUGAUAACAAGCUAGAAACGUUGUCUCCAAGUGUGCUUGAGUGGUUGGAAAACCUAGUUUUCUUGAACCUGAACAACAACAAGCUACGAGCCUUGCCUGAAGAGAUAUACAGGCUGGCGAAGCUCAAGUUUCUUACUGUGAGCAACAACCAACUGGAGAGCAUUCCAAGCAAACUUUGUCUGCUGCAAAAACUUUGUGAAUUACAGUUAGCACACAAUAAACUCAAAUCACUUCCACAUGACAUUGGAUAUUUGACUAAUCUCAAGAAGCUUUCUGUGCCAAGAAAUCAAAUCCAGGAGCUCCCAGAAGAACUGUGCAUGCUAAGAAACUUGAAAGUAUUAGAUGUCGCUGGAAAUCAACUACAUAUUUUCCCAACAAAGUUACUGGAGCUUAAGCUGGAAGAACUCUACUAUGAGCAGAAUCCUCUUUUGGAAAAAAAUCUUAUUUUGUCAGCACAGCAGAAUGAAGUUUUAACUCUCCAGGAAAUUACUGCAAGAUAUAUCAUGAAUGAGCUGAAGGAUGAUUCAUUCAACAAAGCUCUUAAAUAUUAUCCAGAAGCGAGAAAAAUAUUGGGUCAUGCAAGCUUAUGCGCUGUAUGUAAAAAUAGCUUUCUGAGCAUUUGGCUUGAAUGUGUGAGCUUUGUUGAUCUAACACAGAAAAUUAGCAUAACCAGUGCUGCUCACAUUGUUCCCAUCCGAGCCUUACUGUGUUCAUACAAAUGUUUCAAUGAAUCAGGCCAUCAAUUCUACGGGAUAGCAGUACCAUGAGCAGUGUAACCUGGCAACAUUAAUAAGCUGAAGACCAAUUUUAUAGCAAUGAACUGCGAAUAACGUACAUUUUAGGUUGCAAUUUAUGAAAUACCAAGAGUUCACAAUGAUUAAGUAUAGGUUAUUCACAGAUUACUUAUUUUCAAUAUCCCCAAGCACUAAAAUAUGCGUAUUGCGUCUGUUUCAAAAUUGUCUUUUUUCAGCUUUAAUGUUAAUUAAUUAGUGAUCCACCUUUUGGGAGAAUGAAAAUCUCCUUUGUGACCUUAUAUUGUAUUUUCGUGCUGGUGCUUAAACUCCUGUUUAAAGUAACUGCUAUGUUAUACCUAUAACAGGAAAUUGCUUUCUGUCUUUUUGCUUGCCUCCUCAUGAAUUGGAAAUGAAGCACAGAAUUGCAGAAACACAUGGGGGCUAAGACAGCCAUACACUUAUUCCACUUGGAUAGCUUAUAAAUGAGUGAUUCGUGUCAUGUUGGACAUCUUCUGAAACACUUACAAAAUGGGUUGUUCAGUGCUUCUUAUGGUGCUAUAACCUCACAGGUAAUAUCAAAGGCCAUUGUGUUUACAGAUAUCUAAGGGCUGUUAGUUGCAGCUCUCCUCAUAUUUUUACCAAAAAAUGUUAUCUGGACUUAUCAGCUAAAGCUUACCAGACAUUAUCUGUUCUCACCUGAGGUGCUUUAUUUAUACAAAGCGGGCCAGUCUCCUAUGUAUUCCAGGAUUGGGCUCCUAGAGUAUGUGGGGAAUUUUGUGGGAAAGAAAGUAACAUCUUCCUCAUUCAGAGAAAGCUUUCAUCCAACAUCUAUUCUUUCUUCCCUCCUUUGAUCUCAGACAAGCUACUCUAAGGAACACUAAGUGGAAGUUAGAUACUUUCCUCAAGAAUGGGAAUAUUAAGUGGGAGAAUCCAACUGUGUUGUCUCCUACAUUCCUCAGCUUAUUCAGAGUGGCAUUGACAAGAAAGAGAUUACGAAAUGCCUAAGAACAGGCCAGCUGUGGCAAGCCUUUGUUGUAAGAGUUCAAUUAUAUGUGAAUCUAAAGAAGAGAGGAAUCAAUAAAAAUCUUGCCUUUAUCUUCCAGGGAGAUUACAUGACUAGUGGGUAAGGAAAAUGGUGUAUAUGAUAGAACUUAGCUGGAUGAGGUGGACUUGAUGAAUUAAAUAUACUUUUUCUGUA